GUGACCCUCGCGGUGUGCAGCAGUUGGUGAACAGCUUCCUCCUCUCUCUGUCUCUGUGCCUCAUUGCUCAGCACCAUGUCUGUAAAAUUGUCAAAAGGUGGCUGGGGCAGUGGGAGCUCCAUGCGUAUCUCUCAAAGUAGGGGUAGCAUGCCCGGCCGGCGGAUUUAUCAGUCUCAGAGUGUGCAAGGGUUCGGGUCAGGAGCUCGCAUCGCCUCAGUGUCCAGCAGUUCCAGUAUGGCACUGGGCAGUGGCCUGGGCAUGGGGAGCAGCUCACUGGGCAGUGGCCUGGUCAUGGGGAGCAGCUCACUGGGCAGUGGCCUGGGCAUGGGGAGCAGCUUGCUGCUGGGUAAUGAGAAGGUGACCAUGCAGAAACUGAAUGAGCGUCUGCACAACUACCUGGAGAAGGUGCGCUGCCUGGAAGAGGCCAACAGCAAAUUGGAACUGCAGAUCCGACAGUACUACGAGAAAUCGACCCCUGCUCAGAGAGACUGGACCGUCUACUGGGUCACCAUCAAAGAUCUCCGUGACCAGAUUAAUAAUCUCAUCCUCGAUAACUCCAGGCUUAUGCUGCAGGUCGACAAUUCCAAACUCGCUGCUGAAGAUUUCAAAAACAAAUUUGAUGGGGAACUGGCUAUUCGAAUGGCAGUCGAGUCAGAUAUUAAUGGCCUGCGUAAAAUAUUGGAUGAUAUGACACUGGAAAAGAGUCAGCUGGAGAUGGAGAUUGAAAAUCUAAAGGAGGAGCUAAUCUACAUCAAGAAAAACCACGAGGAGGAACUUAAGGGUCUCCGUGGUCAGCUGUCUGGCACCGUCACUGUGGAUGUCUCAACUGAACAAGGCCCAGAUGUGGCAAAGGCUCUCGCCGAGCUCAGGGAACAUUAUGAUGCUAUAGCAACUCAGAACAAACAGGAAGCUGAGGAUUGGUACAACCAACAGUGUAUAACUAUCCAGCAAGAACGCUCCACCCAUGCUGAAGUCUGUCAAGCAGAAAAGGCUCAACUCACCCAACUGAGGCAGAGUUUCCAGGGGCUGGAUAUGGAGUAUCAGUCCCUGCUUAGCAUAAUUGGAUCUCUCGAGGCAAAUCUUGGGGAUGUUGAGCUUCGUUACGGUGCUCAGAGAAGCAACAUGCAGGGAACCAUGACCAGGUUGGAGGGAGAACUGAUGGAUUUCCGGCAGAAAAUAGAAGAGAAUGUGAAGGCCUAUGCCGCACUGAUGGACAGUAAAUGUCUGCUGGAGAAGGAAAUUGCCACCUACCGCCAACUGUUGCAAGGGGGCUCGAGCCAAGCGUCAAGUUUACAAACAGCAGGUCAAAACAAGACAAUUCUGAUCAGAAGUGAAGUGAGGAGUGAACCUGUUGUCUCAAAGACAGUGAAGAGAAUUGUGGAGGAAACAGUUAAUGGCGUCGUGGUAUCCUCAUCUGUCGAGGACAUCAGUAUCAACUAAUAGCAUGUUAACCAUUUUGAUCUAUUCUCCACAUUUUCCAAAGUAGACUUGUUUUAUUAGGAUGAAACCAAAUCCUUAUAAACAUAACACUUUAAUGCUUUUCUGUCUUCCUGUAUUUCUGAGGAUUCAAUAAAGGUCUGUGGAAAUGGU